CAUCCACAAAAAUAUUAUUCAAUUAAAAAUAAUAAAAAAUUGAAAUAAAAUUUUAAAAUAAUAAAAAUUAUAUUUUAAUUAGUUUUUAAAUUAUACAAAACUAAAACCUAGAAAACUUAAAACAUUAAUCUGAAACUAUAAUCAAAUAAACAAAAUUCUUUGUUUUUUUCCUUCUAAGUUCUUGUUCAUCUACUUAUUCUUCUUCUUCUUCAAGGAAGCUUGGAGGGAGGCGACUAGUGAGGUGGCUGGCUGGCAGAGAGGCUCACAGACCCCAACGUCGAACGCCUAUCUUCCCCUACCUCGACACCAGUUCUGGUUCCCUUUGUCCCCAACCCCGACCUAGAUCGACAUCCACCUUCAGCGUGCAUCCUUCUUCCCCAACCUCCUCCGCUUGGGACCCAGAUCGACCUCCACCUCUAGCGCCUUUCUUCCCCAACCUAGACCCGAUUUGGCCCUUGUGUUUGACGACCCCUGAUCUAUUUGACAGAGCUGCUGGGUGGAUCGGUCUAGGGCAGUGGAUCUAGGCUCAGAGACGAAGGUAGAUCUGGAUAUUGAGCUGGGCAUUGAUUUUUUUCCCUAGAUCUGAAUAUCUUGUUGUUGUUGUUCCUUUGCUUACUAUUAGUAUUUUUUUUAUUUGUAUUUAUUCUUUAGGCUAUAUUUGUUUGAAGGAUAUGAGGUUUUUGGGUUGGUGUCGAUGACUUUAAGAGUUAUAUGUAUUUGAUUUUUCUGUUUUGUAGUUCUGCAUGUGUCUAAUUGGAUUUAGUUUUUUUUGCAUUUGUAGUUUUGAUUUAGUUUUGCAUUUGUAGCAUUGAUUUCAUUUUUUUUUACUUUGUUUAAUUUUUGAUUUAGUAUUUUAGAUAAAAAGUUUUAGAUUUUUUUAAUUAAAUUAAAAAUAUUUACAUUUUUUAUAUUAUUUAUCUUAUUUUAAAUUAAAUUUAUUUUUAUUUGAAAAUCUAUUUUUAGUAAAUUAAUUAAUAAAAUUCAAGGGCAUUUUGGUUAUAUUCAAAAAUUGUUUAAUCAAAAUUGGUUUCAGGGUAUCAUUUUAAUCUAUUUUACAAAAUAUAGAGUCUGGUUUGUCAUUUAAUAAAAUAUAGAGGCCGAUCAAGUAUUCAAGUAAAACACAGAGCUAAACUGAUAUUUUCUAAAAAAUAAAAAAAAUUAACAAAGUAAAGCAUAUUAAGUUAUCAAAAUAUGCCUUGAGUUAAAUAAUCUCUAAUCUAAUCCCAAUGUGGUUUAACUAGUAUGUAAUGGGCCUACACUAUUGGUAUCAGAAGGCCUAAGAGAAAAAGUCAGGGGAUAGAGCAAAUUGCCAAAAAUAAGCCGAAAACAAAAAAGCCAACCAUGUUCCCAUCUGUCUCUUACCACAGUACGAGAAAAAGGUACAAGAAAAGCUAGCCUGUAACCUUACUAAAAAGUCUAAUAGUAAGAUAACAAAGAGGUGUACAUACUAAAAAAAUUUACAAUAAAAACAAUCCAAAAAGAACAAAAGCGUGUAAAAUGGUAAGCCAUUAGGCAUGGAGGACUACUCGGAAACGUAGCUUUUCUCACCUCUAAAACCAUUCUCUGUUCUUACCAUUUUCCCUUGCGGGUCCUUACCUUCCAAUAUUUUCUCACCUACCAAUCACCACCACCCUUUUGCUUGCUUCUUCUUCUUCAACCCGGCCAGCCACCGUCUCACCUUCUUCCCCCUCUUUCUCUCUGACCAUCUAUCUCUGAUAUUUGUCGACUAUUCAUUUAUCUGUUGAUUCUAUUUUUCUUUCUAAGUUUCUAUUCAAUCACAUAGAUCUUGGGAAAUACUCAAUUUUCGUGAUUCAACAAGUCAUAUGUAGUUAUAUAUUUUUGUAAAGAAAAGACCCAAUAACGAAUGCGUCAGAGCAACUGAAAAAAAAGUUACAGAGAUGGAGAUCGAGAUUGGGAGAGGGGGGAGAGAAAUAGUUGCCUUAAGUAUGUAAAAAAUACAUGCACAAAAUAUCACUGGGGCUUACCAGGACCAGUGAGCUCUAAAGGGAUAUUUUAAGAAGAAGAAGAAGAAGAAAAGUGUGAAGCGUGUGAGACAUAGAUAAUAAGGCUGGGCCAAGUUUUGGGAUUUGGGUAUCGAUUAUUUUUAGUUUUUUUUUUGUAAUGACACCCCACAACAACGGCGGUGCACAGAGCGAAGGUGGGUCAUCUGGUUCAAGCGGAGGAAGAUGUGUCAGUGGGCCAGACGGGGCCAUUUUGAAGAAAGGACCAUGGACAGCGGCGGAGGAUCAUGUUCUGAUGGAGUACGUGAAGAAACACGGCGAGGGGAACUGGAAUUCGGUUCAGAAGUAUUCUGGGCUCAACCGUUGUGGCAAAAGCUGUCGUCUCCGGUGGGCCAACCAUCUCAGGCCAAACUUGAAGAAGGGUUCCUUUACCCCUGAGGAAGAGAAACUCAUUCUCGAACUUCACGCCAAGUACGGCAACAAAUGGGCUCGCAUGGCCGCCCAGUUGCCUGGACGAACAGACAACGAAAUCAAGAACUAUUGGAACACAAGGGUGAAGAGGCGCAAACGACAAGGGUUACCUCUUUAUCCAAACGACAUUCAACACCUCUCUCCGACGAGCUCACUCACCCCUGUAAUCCAAUCUCCAACGACACCAACCACGCCGUCGUUUUCCUUUCAGAGCCAGAACCAUGUCCCGUUCUCUCCCACUCCACCGCCGCAUUCUCCCAUGUCUUCUCCAAUCCAACCCUUCCCCAAUUUGACCUCCCCUUCCUCCUUCGAACACAACAACUCUUCUUUCACUUUCUCAAGCCCUUCCUCAUUCACUUUCCACCGACCCGUUCCCGUUCUCGGAGCCCCGGUUCGUUUCAAGUCGUUUCGCGACUCAACUGGGUCUGGGUUCUCUCUCCCGACCCAACAAAGCCCUUCUCCCCCUCUCGGCCAGUACACGCCGAACCAGUCGACCGGUUCUGCUUGUUUUCAGUUUCCGUUGACUUUCGACCCCACUUUGCCUCAAAAUAUUGCCACCCAUUUCGACUCUGAGCACAUGGGUUCUUCUGGUUCUAUCCGCUCGGUGAAGUCGGAGCUCCCUUCAAGCCAAUUUACCCAAAUUCAUCCCGAAAUUACGUGUGAUAAUAACAAUAACAGUACUAAUACUAAUAUUAAUAAUUGUAACACCAAGGUUAUAAGCUCGGCAACAACCCAGAGAAAUGGUGGGUUGCUGGAGGACCUUUUAGAGAACCUGUUGGAGGAAGCCCAGAGGUCUGUUGUGAGCUCUGCAGAAACCGUGCCAAAGGAAGAGUCUAAAGACCAGGUUGAUUGCUUGCCAGACGAAUUAUCGAAGCUGUUAAAUUUCGUCCCUGGUAAUCUUCAGGCUCCAGAAUGGUAUAGUGAUAGCAGUGAAAUCUCCAAUGGUGAAUCUUUAGGUGUCACAGAUCAUAAUCUUUGUCUCGACAUGCAGCAUUUAGCUUCACUCUUCCCUAUCGCCUCUGCAGCUGAUUAUGGGCAAAACCCUGCCUCUUGGGACAACUUGCCUGGCAUUUGCAAAGGGUGGUUCAAAAAUAAUUGAAUGAGAAUGAAACCUAUUAUAUUUAUUGAAUAAAAUACAAUAUUUUGAAUGUUAAUAAAUACAAGCAAGGCUUGAUCAAUAAAAGAUAGUCUGAACAUGAACGAGUGUACAUACGUUGUCAGCAUAACAUGACCGUCUCUGUCCAUGGAAUACAUCAUCAUCUUUAUUGUUAUUUGGUAAAGAGCCAAAUAUAGAGUUAUGUUCCUUCACAAAUUUCUUUAUGUGUUUGCUUUAUAUAUGGUUGAAGACCAUGACAUUUAUACAUUAAAGGCUAGGCAGAUCUUUACUUGUUAAAUAUGAAUAUCCUUCUCUUA